CGCGAGUGUACCCGUCCAGAGCUGAUCCGAGCGCACAGCUGAUCCACACGCAGAGCAAUGCCAUAUCCUUAGGGGAGUAAUCAGGAUGAUAUACAAACAUAUUAUUAGAGGAACCUGCUGUAAUUUGAGCUCCUAAAUAAUCAAACCUCCUUCGGUUGUGACCCCACCCUGUUUUGUGGAUUGUUGUGUGGACAACAUCUUCAUUUACCUGGAAUUAUUCUGCUUACUUAAUCAUAAGGCAUCCAAAGUGACAAAAAAGGAAUUUACAUUAUGGACAAAAUGGAAAAAUUCUCCCAGGAGUCCAGAGCUGAACGGAUCGCUCGCUACAAGGCCGAAAGAAGGCGGGAACUGGCUGAACGUUAUGGCAACCAGGAAGAGGAGCUUCCAUCUAAGUGGUCAAGAAGAGAGCGGGAGGGACCUGGUAUCCGGGACUCUACCUGUACAGAUAAGUCAGUUUCAGGAGAAAGAAAUGGAGGAAUAGAGAGGCAUGGAAGAACACCACUAGAAGAGAGUCCUGUUUCUACAAAAGUCUCCAAUGGGUGUAAUGUGAACACCAGUGUAGAGAACAACCAGCCAAAGAGGGAUGAGGAAAACUCUCCAGACUCCCUUGACACACCACAGUUACACACUCAUGUAUCAGUAGGCCAGUUGAAGAGCGCCCUGCUACAGCAAACCUCAAAUCCAGCUCCACCUGACAGAGUUGCCACUGAUGCUGGCGUGGUGGCCUUGACUCUUGAUCUAGCAGUUCAACCAGGUGCAGAAGGAGGCCGUCGGCGUACCCGUAGAUACAUACCAGGAGAUCCUGCAGGAAGCCGCAAAACUAGUGAACGUUCCCGUACUCAACCCAUAACAUCCUACGAGAUAAUGGAGAGCUGCGGAAUAAUGGAUGAGGAAAAUCAGGACUCUUCACAAAUGGAUGUAAAGACAGACGACAGAGCCAAGAUGAGUGUAGCUGCCAAGAUGUCUCUGUUUAAAGAGUUGGAGAAGACUGCUCUAUCUGAAGCCUCAUCCUUCCUCAAACCUCGCUCCAGUCAUAGUUCGCAUGGGCGCCGAGCUCGCCGUGGCAACGAUCCUCGGGCAUUCACUCAGCCAAUCACCUUUGAGGAAACAGUGUUGGCAGUGAGUCCUCUGUCAGGUGACUCCCAGUGUCUGGAGGCUGAGCCUGUUGUGGAGGAUGAUGCUAGCUCUAAGCUGUCUAUGAGUGAGAAACUGGCUCUCUUCAACAAACUGUCCCAGCCCAUUUUGAUAGCUGCGGAGAGUCCAAUGGGAGACGGCGGCCCUCUAGAGGCGUCUGAGAGACGUAGGCAGAAAGGAGCACGGUACCGCACACAGCCCAUCACUGUGGAUGAGGUCAAUUUGCUUCAGACAGGGCCUGUUCAGCUUCCUCAUCUUCAUCUGUCACCUCAUCUCUCUGACCGACAACAGGCUCUGUCCAUCAAUCUGAAGCCCAGUGAAGUGCGUCUUUCUGGGCUGAGCUCCUCACAGGAGUGGGGUUCCUCCAGUGAACUCACUGCACCUAAUCUGAACCCUACAGAGAACAAAAACCCUCAGAAUGCUCUGAUGCGAGGCACUGAGAUUAAAGGCAUCUUGAAAAAGAGUUCUUCAGAGGGAGUGGUGUGGAGGAGUGAAUCUAAGUACAGGGAUGACCUGAAUGGACAUGGACUGGAGCAUAAUGGGGGAGAGAGGAGAGAGAGACUACGAGAGAGGAGAGUACAAGAGGUUAAAGAGGAGAGGUACAUGUCAGCUUCAUCAGUGGAUUCAUCUCUAGCUCCACUCUCCAGCGCUCCCUGGAGGCAGAGAGCAAGGAAGGAUGCCUCUACUUCCUCUAUGAAAACAGGAAGGGAAGGAUGCCUAUCGUUAUCAGAAGUCCUGCAUACUACAGUACACAGCAGCAAUGAAGCCAUCACUCAAAGACUGAUGGACUCUAGAGAUACUGAGGAAGAGGAGAAGAAGACAGAGGCAAAGUGCAAUAUCACGCUAAGCAUUGGGCCACAGGAGCCUGUGUUCUCCUCUGUGUAUUCUCGUUCUAGCUCCACACCUCAGUAUGUGAUGUUUUUCAAUGAGAGGAGUCUCUCUUAUGAAGCUCAGGAGGUUUCCUCACCAACUCAAACCCAAUCACAGGUGAAGGGCAAAGUAAAGGCAAGCUGUGAGGAGGAAGACUCUCCCAAAUUCGUUCUUACAGCAACACAAACAAUCUGUUGCAAUAAUGUCCAAGAGAAUCUGCAGUUUGAUACUGAGAUUGUCAUGACCUCUGAAACCUCUUCACUGUCAGUGUGUCAGACCAGUGGAGGAGACACAAAGCCUGACCUGAGCACGCUCUGUCAAACAAACACUCCAAUAUUGAGCUCAGCUGUAGCCGAGCACAGGCGAUCAGUACGUCCAUCCCGUAGGACUCAGGGUUCAAGGAAUCCAUUACGUGCUCUUGCUGCUCGAGAAGAUAUCCAACAGGAUUUCAUGCAGCCUGAAGUCCACAGUGAAAUGGAGACUAACAGGGCUAUGAAAAAUCCGAACUGCACCUCCUCUGAAAAAGUGAGCAGACCCACAGUGCCAUACAACAAACUCAUGCUCAUACAUGUUAAAGGAUGGAGUCAGGUACAGGUGCGGUUAGUGGAGCCGGUGGCGCGGUCUCUUAACAGUGGUGACUGUUUUCUGCUGGUCACACCCUCACACUGCUUUCUCUGGACUGGCAAAUUGUCCAACACCAUUGAGAGAGAAAAGGCAUCAGAAAUGGCCUCAUUUAUUGUGACCCAGAGGGAUCUUGGUUGUCAGGCAACAGGUGUCAUUCAUCUGGAUGAAGGUGUAAAUACAGACAGUCUGCAGGCAGCAGAGUUCUGGAAACUUCUUGGGGGACAGACACAGUACAAAGGUCCAGAUAGUGCUGAUGAUGAUGAGCUCUAUGAGAAAGCCAUAUCAGAGUCUAACUGUAUUUAUAGACUGCAGGGAGACAGGCUCCGGCCCCAUGAGCUGGGUUGGGCCUCCAUACCACACCUUUCUCUUCUGGACUCCUCCCAGACGCUACUGUUUGACUUUGGCAGUGAGCUCUAUUUGUGGCAUGGGAAAGACGUUUGCCCCAGCGAGAGGAAACUGGCUCUGCAGCUGGCUCAGCAGGUUUGGGAUGGAGCAUAUGACUACAGCAACUGCAGAAUCAACCCUCUGGAUCCCUCUGCUGGCAAUGCGUAUAUUCACAAGCAGGGGAUUGGGCGGCCAGCCUGGGCUCUUUUUGGCCGUGUGUUUGAACAAAAUGAGACUGCACUGUUCAAAGAAAAGUUUGCUAACUCAUUUGAACAGACAAAAGUGAAUAAGAACCACAAUGGACUCUUAAUUCAAGAGGAAGUGCAGUCCCCUUUGCUCAGAACCUCUUCAGAAACAAUGCUUGUUGAACAGUGGUCAUGUGAUGCCAAAGCUCUCUUUGGUGGAGUCUGUCUCUCAGGAGUGUCACAAAUAGUUCUGGAUGGUGUGGACGUACAAAGAGGACGUGACCUGGUCAUGUUGAGUGACGGUCGACAGGCGGAGUUACGUACUCUUGCCAUAAAAAUGUGGCUUAUUUCAGAGGGUGAAGAGUGUGAGGUUGCCCCAGAGAGCAUUGGACAGUUUCAUGAGGGCAACACAUAUGCUAUAUGCUGGAUGUACAGCCUCACGACCAUGGUUGAUCAGAUGACAAAAGAGCAGAAAAGAUCUGCACUUUUCAUCUGGAAGGGCCAUCACUCAAAUAUCAGUGGGCAGGACUUGUCACCCACACUAACCAAUCAGUGUAGUUCUCAAGUCUUUGUAACAGAAGGAGAGGAGCCACCCUGUUUUCUGCAACUGUUCCAGGGAGGAAUGGUCAUUUACAGACGACACAGCAGUAGAGAUACCGGAGGCUGGCGUCUGUUCUGUGUGAGAGGUGAUGUGCCAGUGGAGGGCAGUCUGUUGGAGGUUGAAUGCUCCUGCUCCAGUCUGAGGUCUCGUGGCUCUCUGCUCUUGCUGAACAGCCAAAAGGGGGUGUUGUACCUGUGGCAUGGCUGCAAAGCCCACACCAGAACCCGCCAGGUGGCCAAGCAGACCAUCCAACGCCUAACACAAAUGUGCCCGCCUGAGCUGGGCCUGAGCAAUGGCAGAUUUGUGAAUGUCCAGGAAGUGGAGGAGGGGAGAGAGUUAGCAGAGUUCUGGAAUGCUAUCGGGUCUCAGGACAGGAAGUUGUAUGACUGCAUGUUACAAGAUCCUGGUAAAUUUAAUUUUACACCCCGCCUUUUUCACCUGAGUGCCCAGUCAGGAAAUUUCAAAGGGGUGGAGCUAAUUAGCCCCUCCCAUGUAAACGGUGUUAUUUCAGCAAUGCCCAUCCUCCAGGACAAGAUAUAUGAAAUGCCACAUCCAGCACUGUUUCUGUUGGAUAAUUAUCUGGAGGUGUAUUUAUGGCAAAGUAGUGAUGCUGCGGCCUCACAGCUCCCACACUGGGACAAAGAGAAGAAGUGUGCCAUGGAGACUGUGUUGCAGUACUGCAGAGAGAGAAAUCCAAGACGGCCUCCCAUGGCAUACCUUAUUGAUGAGGGAGGAGAGCCUCUCACGUUCACUAAUAUAUUCCCUUCAUGGGAGAAAAGGUUAACACCAGAACUACAGGACUGCACGGUGCGUAAAAAGCUGACAUUGGUGCAAGAUGCCCUAGAAGCUCUUAAUAAGACCCAGUUUCCCCUUCAGGAUCUUCUGAAGAGACCUUUACCUGAAGGAGUGGAUCCUCUGCACCUGGAGAACUACCUGUCUCAGCAUGAUUUCAAGGUUGCUUUGGGACUGACACGGAAUGACUACAACUGUCUAUCAGAUUUACAAAAAAUGGACCUUAAGAAAAGCAAAGGACUUUACUGAAUCUGCAGCACUGCAACCUAGUCUCAACAGAAGCAAUAUUUUAAAAAGGUGUGUUUAUAAGAUGACUUGUUCUUGUAAGGUGAUGGCAAUCAUAUGUACAGUGUAAUUCUGAGUGUGUUUAACAGUGAGUGUGAUUGUGUGUCCUGUCUGGUUAUUUUAAUGCCAAUAAUGUCCAACACUCAUUUUGGCCAAAAGCUCAAUGCUAGACACAACUGUUUACUCUGACUUUGAGAAAUAGCUGCCAUGGUUCCUUUUAAAGUAACCCCCAAUCCUUCACUGCAGCUGUUUCUGCCCUCCCUUUUUCUUUCUUUAUCUCACUGUCUGCCUCCUCUCUAAACAAAGCAGCACAUGUGAAUAAGAGGUGUGGCUGUUUUACAGAAAUUUAAGUUGAAUUUAGUAAUGUUUAUUUUAAAAUAAAAACAUUAUGACAUAUUUUCACUGUGAAAUUGUAUUCACCUUUACAAGUCUCAAAUUCAUAAACAGGACGAAAAUCAAAGAUGAAAAAAUAGCAACAAAAGAGAAACAUCAGUAACUGGAGUGCUCACAAAACCAAGACUAUAGCAAUUGAAAAGAUGAAAUACUGACACAGAUUUAAAAACAAAUUACUGUAUGUAUUCUUAUCAUUGAAACUGAAUAGUAUCUGAUUGAUAACUGUAUGUAAAGCACAAACUAUGCAUAACAGUGCUCUGUAUGUGUCAGUAUGAUAGAUGCUGUGAAUGUGUUUGGUUUUAAAAGUAAAAAGUGGAGUGGGGGGUUGUGAACACUGUGACUGUUAGGGAGGGAAUUAGUGUGGAUUUAGACUUGAUGUGACUCUGAUGAAAAAUUACAGGUCACUUCUAGAUGGCAGAUAGAGAACAGAAUGUGAAUGUGUGUUUUCACUCUUGCUGAAUUAAGAUCUGACUGUUCACUACCAGCAAGUUCCAUUCACCAUAAGCCAUUUGUAUUUGAAAAAACAAAAGAAAAAUACUGCCACAAGUUCUGUCAAAACUUAAGAUGUGAUUAUAGUGGUGCAUGUGUAAACAUGUCUUUGCACAUUGUAAAUUUACUAUAUACUGUAUAAACAGUGUGUAAAUCUUUGAAAGGAGACUGAACUGAAAAAGGAAACAAACCUGAAUUUCUUCUGCAACAAGUGUCCUAAUUUUAAGACAUGGGCCUUAAAACUACCCACAUCAGCCACAGAACAAUUAACAUUUUAAAAUCACUUAAAAUGCUAAUAAUGAAGAAAUGUACAUAAUAUAUCAAAACAUAUAGUAAACAUUGUAUUAAAGGAAUGUUUUAGGUUCAUUGCAAGUUAAGCUCAAUCGACAGCAUUGUUGAAAUAAUGUUGGUUCCACAAAUGAUUUUGAAUAAAAGAAAAAAAAAAAGAAGAAAAAAGCACUGGUUAAAGGCAUUUACAGUGGAAGUGAACAUUAACAUACACAUAGCCACAAAAGGUAAACAUUAUACAUUUUAAAUAGUAUACUAGCGUUACACUGUUUACUAUUUUAAAGUAUCUGUGUUACAUUGUAAUGACAACUAAGUUGUAAAAUUGGAUAUAACUAUACACAGAAAAGUUUAGCAAGCAAUUUUUCACACCAAAAUCAUAAUCAUAAACACAAAUAAAGUUGACUUCUUUUGCUAUACUAUUGAGGACUGGCUAUUCCAUUGUAAGUACCUCAAAGUAACUGUGAUUUUGUUUUUAAAUAAACAAGGGAGUAGUUAAAAUUUUCUUUUUGUGGUAGCCAACAUAAGGUCACAAAUGCUGUAGAUUGAGCUUAACUUGUAUUAAACCCACAACAUCCCUUUAAAACUAAAAUGUGUACACAUAUCUUGAAGGUGUGUUUCUUUUAAAAAAUGUAUAACAAACUGUUAAGCCAACAAACUUGGCAAUAUCGAUCAGCAUUUUUUGGGAUCUGUUUUAUACAUUUAUCUAUUUGAUUGUUCUGGCACUUUUUGAUGCUACAAUCUACAUAUGUAUCCAGCAUGAGGAAAUAUCAGACAUUAUGAGCACAAUUUAACCACUGGACUUAAAUGUAACCGAGGUAAUGUGAGGGACAGAGAAAGAAACAAUAUUCAAAAGAAAGGCUCGACUGAGAGUAACAACUUACUGUUCAUAUGCCUAUGUUUUGGUGAUGACUAUCUCUUUGAAUAAAGCACCCAUUUCA